UCUAUUUUCCUCUCUCUCGCUCGAGACAACCAAACACGCCCUUCCCCUCUAUCUCUCUAGAAUUCUCCUUUACAGCUUUCUCUCUCUACAAUCCAUGGCUCAUCAACGGGAGAAAGAAGAAACCGAGCUCAAGCUUCCCAAGACCAUAUCCGUAUGCGUUCCCACGAUUCCGGUGUCUCCGCAGCUCUCAGGCGCCGAUGAUCAAGCGCAGGCGGCGGCUUCGUCGUCUGCCGGUAGCUCCGCGAGAUCAGAUCCGAAGGAUUCCGAUGCUGAUGAUUCGAGAUCUGGUGCCGCGAGGUCGCCGGAGAGGUCCGAUCCGGUCGUUUCUCCUCCGAAGAGGCCGGAAGCGGAAGCGGAAGCGGUGAAUCGUCCCUUGAAGAGGCCGAGAGAAGUCAACCGGUGCUCCGGGGACGGGUGCAGACGGAAAGUCGGGCUGAUCGGCUUCCGAUGCCGGUGCGGCGAGGUGUUCUGUUCCGAGCACAGGUACUCGGAUCGCCACGACUGCACCUUCGAUUACAAAGCCGCCGGACGCGAGGCGAUUGCGAGGGAAAAUCCGGUGGUCCGAGCUGCUAAGAUUCUAAAGGUGUGAAGAAAUCGGGAAUCAAACCCAAAAAAAAAAAAAAAAAUCCAAACGGCGGGAAAUCAAAGCUAUGGUGCCCCAGCAGAGAAAGGGGGGAAGGGGGGAUUGUUUGGGGAUAAUUUGAUUUAAGCUUUAGGUAGGUUUCGUGGAUUAGAAAUGAAUUAUUGAAUGAUUUGGGGAUGCUUUUCUGUGAAAUUGAUAAUCAAGUAAGGGUAUUGUUUGUUAUUUGGUUUAUAAUAGUGAAACUAUUUUGUUUCAUUCUCUUUUUUUUUACUUCUACCAUAGGAUUUUAAUUUUAAUUUUAAUUUGAAUAGGUAAAAAUCAUCAUUGUAACGUCGUGUAAUCUUCGAAAAUUCAUAUGUAGUUUACAUCUGCAACUA